AUGUACCGUUAUUUCAAUUCGCUUAACAGCGCAGAAACCAUGUUUGGUGUGCAUCGGUUUGCAGAGAUUAUGACAAAAAGAUCCGUAUUUUGGUGACCUCCAGAUUUUUCAUACAUGUCAGGGUUUACAUCCGUCCUACGCAAGAGGAGACCGCAGUCGUUUGUGUGACAGUAGCUGCUCGUGUUCGUCGCUUGCUAAUGAGAAGUGUUUAGCCGGACAUUGUCAGGUUAGUGGCAGCUAGCAUUAACGUCUGAAAUGGUCACUGGUCUCGUUUUUACUUGUAUUUUGUGGUUAAAAUAACUCUAGGCGCCAGGAUAAGGAUUGGCGUGCUGUAGCGAGAAACUAUUAGGAGAUAAUUAGCACAAGGCUAGCGCCAGAGAGCUAGCUGUGUGGUUUGUAUUUGCAGACUCGUCGGUGCCACGGAGCUGCGCUGCUGUCCACGUCUCAUCUCUAGUGCACUUUGUUUAACGUUGCCAGCUGAGCUAGGCCACGUCCCCGCGGGCGGUUUUCAUCCACUGACAUAGGACGAACUGUCGAGAAGAUGCCUCAUGUGCGGAAGGAGGAAGGAGAGUAAAGCUCGGGAGAAAUGUGAAGCCUUGAACAUUCAUGACUCUGUCCGGGUAGUGUGUUUGUAUUUCGGAGGGUUGCCGCAUAUAAACGGCAUGUCACGUAGACGGAUGUGUUUUAUAUGUCUCUGAGCUGUGCACUGCUCGCGGUAACGACACGGAGUAACGCUAUAGUUUUUUAUUUAGAUUCUUUUUUUUGGAAAUGAUCGGGUUUGGUGCAAACCGACGGGGAGGCCGCCUCCCGUCCUUCGUCCUCAUCUUCUUGAUGGUGAUCGUCGCCAUUCUGUCUUUUAACUACUGGACAAUGUCCAACAAGCACGGGCGUCUGCUGGACGAGCUGGUGGAGGUGCAGGCGCAGGUGCAGCGCACGGACGCGGCGCGGAGCCGCCUGGAGAAGCGCAACUCGGAGCUGAUGGUGCAGGUGGACACGCACAGGAAGCAGAUCGACCAGAGGGAAGGAGACUACAGCGUCCUGGAGGGCAAGCUGCAGGCCCGAGAAGCGCUCAUCAGAAAGUGCACUGACGAGAAGCUGAAGAUGCAGGGUGAUGUCACAGCUCAAAUGACAGAGAUCCAGAGGCUGAAAGAGCAGCUGAAGGAGCUGAAUCAGGAGAUCAUGAAACAGGAGGACCAGCUCAGAGAAGUGAAGAAAAAUAGCACCACAUUUGAAAAGAAACUGGAAUACGAGAGUUUACAGUGUGGACGUCAGAUUGCACAGCUUAAAGAAGAGUACGAAGAAUCAAAAAAGACCCUGGAGGAAGAAGCUUCAAGACUAAAACAGGGUGUAUUGGACAUCCACAAGGGUGCAGCAGCAGGUAGACAUGCUGGUGAAGCACUUGGUGUGGAUAAGGGAGGAGAGCGCCACACUGUGGCCAAUCUGAAUGAUGAUACAGUUUUAAAAGAUGAGAUGGGUAAGCCUGGCAGUGAUGCCGGCAUGCCUGGCAUUGAAGACAGUGAGGUGGGAAAAAUGGAUGAUAUACAGUUUGCACUGAAGAAACCAGCCAUCACUAAGAAGCAAGACGAGGCCCCCGACACCGGUGUGGGAGCUGGAGUCGGGGCAGCUGAUGGCCCUGGAGGCCCGGCUCUGUCUCUGGACGAGCCCAGACUACAGAAGGACACAUUUGAUGGCCAGGCAGCAGUGGUUGCAGCUCCUAACAUCAUCAAACAGGCAGACAAGCCCAUAGUGUUUGAAGAAGACAACAAGGCGGCCAUCAAGGCAGACGAGCUGGGAGAGCAGCAAAGACAGAUUCAAGCUCCAGAUGAUGUCAAGUUUGAGGCCGAACGUGCAAGAGUCAUUCCUGUGCCCCCCAACCCCGCUCAAGUGCCCAACCCCAUCCAGCCUCACCACGCCAAAGACCAGGCCCCAGCAGAGCCAGUUCACCACCGCCAAAGCCGGUUCUUUGAUGAGAACGAGUCCCCAGUAGAUCCGCAACACGGCUCUAAGCUAGCGGACUACAAUGGGGAUGAUGGGAACGUGGGUGAGUAUGAGGCCGACAAGCAGGCUGAGCUGGCCUACAAUGAGGAAGAGGAUGGUGAUGGUGGGGAGGAAGACGUCCAAGAUGAUGAUGAACGUGACAUGCAGGGAGAUCGGGCUGUGGAUUACGGGAAAAGACAUCAAGCUAUUGACAUUCUUUGAACUGGAACUCAUCCCGCUGUAACUCCUUAAAAAACAUUCAGACCUUCCUCUACAACCAAGGUCUCUGUUGACAAAAUGGUUUGAACAUCACUAUGGGUGCAUCCUCAGUGUCAUGGGCUGAUCAGACAUUGCAACUAAUAUAGAUUAAUUCAGAAUAACAGUACAUAUUAUGAAGAAAAACAUGACUUUGUGCCGAGCUGCUCUUGGUUUGCCGGCGGUUCAAAGACUCUAGAGAUGAUUUACUGUACAUUGACUGACUUUUUGUUGGAUAACUGCCUCACAUCAUAACAGAGCAGUGUAAAUGUGCUCCAUUGACUCACAUUUGAACUUUAUCGUCAAACCAUGUUUUGUUUUUGUUUAUUUUCUUUACAGGUUGCUGUUUCUCCAUAUAAAAACACUCCUCGGCUGAAACAUGUAUAAACAGACUGAUUUGGUAUCCUUGGCUUUCUAAUAUAACUUUGGGACUCUUUUGUGGAAGAACAUUUUUUUUUCUUUUUGCAGGAAUGGGAAUACGUUACAAAUGCCAAGGACACUCCUUAUGGCCUAUUGUUUCUUUUGUUUGUGACAGACACACUCAAGUGCUCCUCAUGUUAUUUUUUUCUCCUUAAUGAUGCCAUUGCAUGCAUUUAAAAUGUUUCAUUAAUAAUCAAAUUGAGCAAAAAUACUGAUCCAUAAGCAAUACUUAGAACAAUGUUAGUGUCCUCCACAGUGCGUACAGAUUGACUGAGCACAUGUGGAACUAACGUACUGUACACUAAUGAAGUCUCUUGUACAUAAUGUAGUUGAACUGUUACCAUUUGUACUGAGGAAACCCCAGUUCUUCACCUUUUAGGGAAAUCUGUGAACAUGAAAUCAGUUCUGUUUGUGUAGCCAGGUUAAUUGAUUUCUCACAGACGGGCAGAUUGAAUGUAAUUUAAUUUUAUUAAAGGUGAUGCUUCAUGUCAUUA